AUGCCACCGAAGCCAUCUGCAAAAGGUGCCAAAAAGGCAGCGAAGUCGCAAAAGGUUCGAGGCGGCGACAAGAAGCGAAAGUCGCGACGCAAGGAGUCGUACUCUGCCUAUAUUUACCGUGUGCUCAAGCAAGUGCAUCCAGACACAGGCAUCUCGUCGAAGGCGAUGUCGAUCAUGAACUCGUUUGUCAACGACGUGUUCGAGCGUAUCGCUGCCGAAGCCAGUCGCCUGGCACAGUACAACAAACGUUCCACCAUUUCAUCGCGUGAAAUCCAAACUGCCGUGCGUCUCAUUUUGCCAGGCGAGUUGGCGAAGCAUGCGGUGUCUGAGGGCACGAAGGCCGUCACCAAGUACACCAGCUCGAAGUAACA